GAAAAUGACAAAAAACUACCACAAUUGUGCCAUAGAUGACGCGGAACUACCAAAUGGGACACGAUUGUCACAUGACUACCAUGUUUGGGGCAGGGUCGCGACGCGGAGCACUGAUUGAACGGAUCAAGCGUGUUAACCAUGUUUCUGGCAGCCCUGGCCCACCGUCAGAGCUGACGUGGCUACCAGUCGACGGACGGCCGUUAGGGCGCGCGUUAGGGCUGUUGUUUUAAGGCGUUGGCUGGGUCGUCUCCUUCCUCUCUCCUUUCUCUCUGUUCCGUCGCACUGGAAGCAGUCGCCGCCGACGUAGAUCUCCGCCGCCGCAGGGACAGACGGCCAUGGUUUCUUGGGGUGACGGCGAGGAUUCCUCUUCAGAGCAGAGCUCCCUCGGCGCUGAUAGUGUGAACACUACCUACGACUCUGAUUUCUGCGGUUUAGCUGAUGAUGGUGCAAGUACUGUGACUUGCAAGCAUGGUGCUGUAGCUGCUCGAUUUGUAGCAUUUGAUGGUUGCUGGACAGGGAGGAGGUUCUUAGGGUGUGCAGGGCAUGAUGGAGAACCAGCUUGUGAUUUUCUUCUGUGGGUAGAUGGUGAGUGGCCACCUGCACUUCGGAAAUCAUUGGCAAAGUUGUGGGAUUUGUAUGGACAAGAGAAGCAAGGCAGGGUUAAUGAUGCUCUGGACAACAUGGAGAAGAGGUUCAAGCUGAAGGAUGAGAUUGAGAAGAUGCACAUUGACCUGAGGAAUGCUCAAGAAGAGAUGAAGAAAAUUGUGGAGGAGAAGCAACUGAUACUUGCCUUGAAGGCCCAAGCUGAGCAAGGAUUGAUUGAUGCUAGGGCAGAGUUAGAGCAGAAGAAGGCACUGGAUGCAUCAAGCAGCAAUAUGCACAAAUGCAUGAGAAUUAAGGCAGAGAAGGAGAGAGAUCAGUUGAAAGAAGAGAAGAGAAAGCUUGAGUACAUAAUUGGGGAUUUAUUUAAGCUCAAGGAAACCACCAGGGCAAAGCUGAAGAAGAUCAAGGAGAUGUGUGAGGAGUAG